AUGUAUAGUCAAAGACUUAAGCUAGCACGGAAAAGACGUGAAGAACAGAAGGUUUUUGAAGCCUUGGAAUCGAAGCAUAAAAGGGAGGAGAGACGAGAGCGAAACAAGGAGAAUGACAGAGGCGCCAGAGACCGCAAGCGCAAGGCCACAGAAAAGGGUACUUCCGGCGAUGUAACGACGAAGAAAUCCAGCCAUAAAUCUAAACGAAGUGAAGAAGAAUCGUCUCAAGAGGACUCGUCUGACGAAGACACAGAGCUUCCAAAGGGAAAACGACAGCGCAGACCCGCGCCAAAGAAUUCUGGGCGCACGUCUUCCUACCGGGCAGACAGAGGUGGUUCCAAGUCUCGUUCAAAGAGCCAAAAAUCCCGCAACAAUUCACGAGAAACAAGCGAAGAAUCAAGCAGUGAAGAUAGUGAUUCAGACGAGGAGUCCUCGUCGAAAAUGCGUCGGAAGAGAGACCACCGUAGAUCCAACAAGAGUCGGAAGUCAAGCUGGUCAGAUGAGGAGCAGUCUACUAGUAGAAAGGGCUGGAAGAGAGCCAGCCAUAAAUCCAGCAAAAGAAAAAAAUCAAGUCGGGAAUUGGACAGUGAUGAGGAUGAUGAUGAUUCCGAUCUGGGAGCUUCAAAGAAAUCUGACAGCCAACAAUCUCAGAACAAUCGAAGAGCAAUCCGGAAAGCAUUGGAUAGCGAUGAUACAUGUAGCGAUGGUGGUUCAGGCAAGGAGCCCGCGAAAAGCCGUUCAAAGAAACGUGACAGCCAUCGAUCCCACGGUAGUCAAAGGGCAAUAAAGGGGGAAUACAGCACUGAUGAUAAUUCUGAUCAGUGGCUUUCGAAACGUCAUUCCAAGAAAUCUGACAGCCAAGGAUCCCACGACAGACGCAUAGCAAAUCGGAAUGCACUUGAUAGCGAUAGUGAUGAUGAUUCAGGUCAAAGGGCCUCAAAACGCCAUUCGAUCCGACCAAAGAAGUACGACGGCCAAGGAUCCCGCAACAGUCGAAGGGCCGGAAAAAGGUCAGAGAACGGUGACUCAAGUUCGGAUGGCGCAAAGCGACAUUCAAAGCAUACAAAGCAUACUUACAGCCAACAAUCACAAAGUAGUCGACUAGCCAGUCGGGAAGCAUUGGAUAGUGACUUUGAUGAUCAUUCCGAUCGGGGGCCCUCGACAGGUCAUUUGAAGAAAACUGACAGCCAACAAUCCCACCAAAGUUGGAAAGGAAAGCGGGAAUUGGACCAUGACGACGAUUCGAAUCGAAAAUCAAUCUACCAGAACUCUCAGCGGGCUCGAAAAUCCAACAAAGAGACCGACAGCGAAGACUCUAGUGAAGAACGUUCGCAACCUCGUCCGAGGCGCGGCAAAGCGAUGGCGAAGUCCUGCAGCAGCCGAUCAAAGCCUGUGAGCACAAAAAAUCAACCGUACGAAUCCCCAGAUUCUGACGAUACUGAUUUCGACCCUCAAGAUCGAUCUAAUCGCAAUCGUCGCUUGGGCUCUGCCAAGAACGAAUCUUCUCCCCAGGCAAAAGUCAAGAAAGCGCACGACAAGGACAAGGACAAGGACAAGGAAAUGAACUCUGACGAAGAAAGCUCGGUGCAGAGCGUUUCGUCGAGAGAUGAAUCAAAACAGACGAAGAAGCCCAAACACGAAAAGAGUGCAAGCGCUCGUACUGUCUUCCCUCUGGACUCUGACUCCGAUGAGAGAAAGUCGGGUGACCAAGCAUCGGCUGGGAAGCAUCGACGCGCAGUCAAAAAGGUCAUGGCGAACGACUUGUCAGAUGAAUCCGGGGAUGAGCAGCGUGCAGUUUCCAAGCUUGAUAAGAAAAAGGCACCGGCGAACCCUCUUCAGGCUGUUGAGCGAGAGCGAGAGAACGUUUCCCAAAUGCAGCAUCGAGGACGUAACUUCGUCGGCGGUGGCGAUUUGUGGGAUGAUGACGAUGACAAUGGAAACUCACAAAUUGAUCGUCGUCCCAUCACAGCUCCGGCUGCUCACAGCACUGAAUCUCGAGCUUCCAUAUCUGGUCGCCCCCGCGCAGCAAAAGCGGAUGUCGGGGAAAUGGAAAACGUUGGCUCAGGCAAAAACGGGGCGUCAAGCAGCCCUUGCAAGAACGACGAUGUUGUUGCUGACCAACACAAAGCGAAGGGUCGCAUCGAAGAGCACGAACAGUACCCUACGCUAGGCAAUCCUUAUUUUGGCCCGUUCGAUAACGUGCCACUCAAGUUGGUGAACAAACAGGACGCCAGAAGCGACCACAAAGUGCCGGCAGCCCUCGCUAGAUACUUGCCUCCGUUUCAGAGAGAGGGGAUUCAAUUCCUGUACAAUGCUGUGGUCAAUAAUUACGGCGCAAUUCUCGGAGAUGACAUGGGCCUUGGGAAAACGAUGCAGAUCAUAGCAUUGAUAUCGGCGCUGUUGGGAAAGACUGGAACCACGAUGGACGAGGAUAUUUUGAAGGAGAGGAAAGCGAAACGGAAGGAAGUGGAAAAGGAGCUCGGGAACUGGGAAAACAGUGCCCUGUUGGGUCAGUGUGGAUUCGAAGGCAGGAACAAGCGUCUCGCAGAAUACAAGGAGAAAUUGGGUCUCCCUGAAAUCGUGCCCAUUUUGUUGAUAGUCCCAGCUGUCGUUGUAGACAACUGGGAUGGCGAGAUAAUGCAGUUUUCCAAAAUUGAAGUCGAAAAAUUCCGGGAAUCGGACACCCGAGAGGAGGCUUUGAAAGGAAUUGAGUUGGGAUCGGCUGAGGUUCUGUUAUGCGGGCACCCUCUUUUCGGCGCGAAGAAGCAUUUUGAGGAAAUCCUCAAAUUUCCAUGGAACCUGGUAGUAGUCGACGAGUUUCAUCUUUUCAAGAACGGAAAGAGCAACAAUGCAAAGAAUCUUAGAAUUCUUGCAAAGAGACACAAUUGCCCGAUUAUUGGUCUGACUGGUACCCCAAUGCCCAAUUGCUUCGACGAGCUGCACAAUCUUGUAGACUUGGUGCAGCCCAAAGUUCUAGGCACUCUCAAGCAAUUCAAUAACAGGAUUGGCAAACCAAUGAAGAAGGCCAGAGCUGUUGACGCAACACAGGAUGUCAAAGCCCAGGGAGAGGACAAGCGAUUGGAGCUGAACAAAAAAUUGCAGCCGUUGUAUAUUGCGCGGAAGAAGCAAGACGUGUUGUCUCAGCUGCCAAAGAAGACAGAGCACGUUGUCUUGUGCGAGCUAUCAGAACUGCAGAAGAAGACGUACGAGCACAUCCGUAACUUGCCCGACUUCGUACUUGUACGCGGCAGUUCUGCGCCAUGUGAUUGUGGCGUCAAUAUCAAUUAUUUUGAACGAUAUUUACGACUUCAAACGCCAGAGGACAAGAUUGCGUUCCAAAAGGAAAACGAGUUUAUCAAGAGGGGAAAGUGCCACUACAGGGAGCCGCAAGAAGAAGACAAAGGGAUGUCAGUGAUGUGGCGCAAACAGCACCCCGAUGGCACGCAAUGCAAGCGGUGUCCUUCGUGUGUUUUGCUGCCAUGCCUCAGCAAGCUGUAUCAACUAAGCUCGCAUUUGACGCUGCUUCAGUACGAAAAGCCAGGGAACAAGGCGGCGGUAGAUUCUGAGCACGAGGAAGAUUUAAAUAGGGAGUUUGCAAAAAUCUCAUUCCCUGACGAUGUCCUGCCAGAGCUCCCAGGCGCGAGCUACGAAAGAUGCGACCAACUUUUGCAAGGCGUCCAGCAUUUUGCCAUGUCCGGGAAGAUGAAAAAGUUGCACUCGUUGCUUCAAGACAUCCAUCACGAAAAGGGCCGGGUGCUCAUUUUCUCCUAUUCAGUGCGCAUGCUUGACAUCAUUGCUCGCUACUUGGACAAUGAAGCCAAAAGGUUUCUUCGCAUCGAUGGAAAGACGCCAGGAAAAGACCGUCAAGGGUUGGUGAAGCAGUUUCAGACUGAUUCAAAAUACUUUUGCUUUCUGUUGAGUACUCGUGCAGCUGGCGUUGGGCUAAAUCUCACUGCCGCGAACAAUGUCAUCAUUUUUGAUGCCGAGUGGAACCCAGCGCACGAUGAGCAGGCUCAAGAUCGCGCAUAUCGUAUUGGCCAAUCGAAAGAUGUGACGGUUUACCGACUAGUGGCUCAGGGAACUAUCGAAGAGCUAAAGUACCUGCGUCAGAUUUACAAGUUGCACUUGAGACAAGAAACCUUUCGCUCGGCAGAGGGAUCAGAAGCUGCACCACGAUCCUUUCUGGGCGUUGACAAGGACACCAAGAGAAAAGGAGAGUUGUUCGGCGCCGAGAAUCUGUUGAGCUUCUCGAAGGACAGCUCCUUCCUCUCUCGAGUUUGGAAAACCGACAAAGGCAUUGUUGCUGGAACUAGCACAGCAAUUGCCAAUGCUUGGGAAAAAGGAGAGGCGAUGAUGCAGGAAGAGACGGAGCAGUUGAUUCGUAGUCAGUUGGAAGGUGCAGCAAAAGCUGCAAAGAAGGCGGCCUUCGACCACAAGGCGUUCUUUGACCAAGGUCGAGCCCGUCCGGCCAACCGGGAAGGCCAGAUGGGUGGCGAAACACAGGCAGUAGAUGAUUUCGUUGAGAGGGGCCAACCCAAACAGGUACCGGUACCCAAUGACAGUGAUUCCGACGACAGCGACGCUGACAACCAUUUUGAUGCUUCCGACGCCCGCAACAAUGAAAACACUAGUGCAUUAGGACCUGACAAUGUGACCAAAGUGGCGAGCUGUGGUACUACUGUCCAAGGUGCUAGCGGGUCUCCACCUUCUGACCGAGAACUCAUAGAGACGAAAACCAAGGUCAAGCCCCAGGUGACCAAGUCCUUUCAGCAGGCCAAUGCCAAGAGCGGUCGUGUUUCAAAUGCGGACAAACCCAAGAGCGACGAGGGCACCAAUCCUCUUGGCAGAGUUGGCAUCCCAGAUCCACACAACGACCUGCGCAACAAUAAUCCGGUCAACAAUCAAGAACGGCAACGGCUUCUCCAGUCCAUGAACAAAAAGAAAAACUUCUUGUUGUGCGGCAUUCCAUCGCAGCAAGUUUCAGGAAGGCACACGACAUUCUCCAAAGCCAAUGUAUUCCAGCCCAACAGCUCCAAUUGA